CUGUGAGCUCAACUCCUUCUGCCAUCCCAUCAACUGUCAAUUUAUUACUCUUGUCUUUUGUUGCUCUUACCAUUUUCCCUCUAGCAUUUGGCUGUCGUUGCUGUCUGCUUCGAACGCGCUCACGAGACCGUCUCUUCGUGCCACCCAACGAACUCCGACGUUGACGCUUCCGUACUGGAAGCUUCCCUCCUGCUAUCUUCCAGUUCAUCCUUCUUCCACUGAAUCUUCUAAUUCGUCAUGGAUCGCCUAAAUCGGAUGCUUCAUGCUGCCCAGGGUAUGGGCAUGGGCAUGGGAGGUGCUCCUGGUGGUGACACGCCCAACCUGAUCGAUAACGCCGAAACUGUCCACAUCUCGUCCCUAGCGCUGUUGAAGAUGUUAAGACAUGGUCGGGCAGGUGUGCCUAUGGAAGUUAUGGGUCUGAUGCUGGGUGAAUUCGUGGAUGAAUACACUGUUCAGGUGGUGGAUGUUUUUGCUAUGCCUCAAAGUGGUACUGGUGUCAGUGUCGAAGCCGUGGACCCUGUCUUCCAGACCAAGAUGAUGGAAAUGCUGCGACAAACUGGACGACCGGAAAGCGUCGUCGGCUGGUAUCACUCUCACCCUGGUUUCGGAUGCUGGCUCUCCUCCGUCGAUGUCAACACUCAGCAAUCAUUCGAACAGCUCACACCUCGUGCUGUUGCUGUUGUUGUUGACCCCAUCCAAUCUGUUAAGGGCAAGGUCGUUAUCGAUGCCUUCCGUCUCAUCCAACCUCAGACCGUUGUUAUGGGCCAGGAGCCCCGGCAAACAACAUCCAACUUGGGUCACCUGAAUAAGCCAUCGAUCCAGGCCCUCAUUCACGGCCUGAACCGACACUACUACAGCAUUGGCAUUAAUUAUCGCAAGACGGGCCUCGAGGAGAACAUGUUGAUGAACCUGCACAAGCAAGUAUGGACCGAGGCAUUGCAGAUGAACGACUUCCACGAUGAAUGCCAGCACAAUGUCGACCGUAUGAAGCAAUUGGUUGGCCUUGCUGAGGGUUAUGAGAAGCGGGUCAAGGAGGAAACAGAAUUGAGCAAGGAUCAACUCAAGACGCGAUAUGUCGGAAAGGUUGAUCCUAAGAAGCAUAUCGAGGAUGUCAGCCAGCAACUGAUCGAAGAUAACAUUGUUGCGGUCUCGAGGCAGAUGAUUGACAAGGAAGCUUCCGUGGCACGGCCAUCGGAAGCCAAGGGAGCUCAUAAUGGCGCUGCCAUGGAGGUGGAUGACGAGCUAUAGACGGGUAUGCUAAUCACGGCUAGGAAUUCAAACAUAA